AUGGUGCAGGCUGUGAAGAGUGAAUUUUUUGUAGAGGUGAGAGAAGAAGACAACGAAAAUGGAACUGCAAAAUGGCACACGGUCCGAAGACAGAAAAGGGAAUGGAUAAAAUUUGCGGCAGCUUGUCGAGAAGGAGAAGACAACUCAAAGAGGAAUCCCAUUGCUAGGAUCCGAUCGGACUGUGAAGUAAACCAGAAAAUUACGUAUCGCAUCUCUGGGGUGGGGAUUGACAGGCCUCCUUUCGGUGUCUUCACCGUCGACUCUAGAACCGGAGAGAUUAACAUAACCUCGGUGGUCGAUCGAGAAAUAACACCAAUGUUCUUGAUCUAUUGUCGAGCUCUGAAUUCAAGGGGAGAAGAUCUAGAGAGUCCUCUGGAGCUUAGAGUGAAAGUAAUGGAUAUAAACGAUAACCCUCCAGUGUUUACACAGAAUGUGUACACUGCUGGUAUAGAAGAAAACAGUCCUGCAAACACGCUGGUGGUAAAGCUAAGUGCCACAGAUGCAGAUGAGGAAAAUAAUUUGAAUUCUAAAAUCGCCUUCAAGAUAAUCUCUCAGGAGCCUGCAGGUGCACCAAUGUUUAUUCUGAACAGAUAUACCGGAGAAAUUCGCACAAUGACUAAUUUUCUUGACAGAGAGCAACACAGCUCCUAUAAUCUUCUUGUGAGAGGGUCAGAUCGGGAUGGGGCUCCUGAUGGAAUGUCAACCCAAUGUGACUGUAGAAUUAAAGUCAUCGACAUCAAUGAUAACUUCCCAACACUUGAAGAGACAUCAUAUUCAGCAAGUAUUGAAGAAAACUGUCUCAAUUCAGAAUUGUUGCGGUUUCGAGCAAUUGAUCUUGAUGAAGAAUACACAGACAACUGGUUGGCUGACUUUUUCUUCGUCUCCGGAAAUGAAGGAAAUUGGUUUGAAAUCGAUACAGAUCCAAGAACAAAUGAGGGGAUUUUGAGGGUUGUUAAGAUGCUGGAUUAUGAACAGAUGCCAAAUAUGUUCGUCAGCAUCGGAGUGAAAAACAAAGCCGAGUUUCACCCUUCAGUUGCUUCCCAGUACCGGAUUCAGUCAACGCCUGUGAGAAUACGAGUUAUUAAUGUGAGAGAAGGAGCCAUAUUUAAUCCAAAUUCCAUGAGCUUCAGCAUUCGAGAUGGCAUAAGAGGAGACGCCUUGUUAAAUUAUGUGCUUGGGACAUACACCGCCACUGAUCUAGACACUGGGAUUGCUGCAAAGAAUGUCAGGUAUGUCAUGGGACACGAUGCAGGAAGCUGGCUAAAGGUUGACUCAAGAACGGGUGAGAUUCGAUUUUCCAAGGAGUUUGAUCGGAAAUCAAAAUACAUUCACAAUGGGAUCUAUACAGCAGAGCUUCUGGCUAUAGAGGAUGGCUCCGGGAGAACUGCCACUGGCACCAUCUGUGUGGAAGUUCCAGACAUCAGUGACUACUGCCCAGUCAUUUUCUCUGACAGUCGGAGUGUUUGUGGAGCUUCUCCAUCGGCUAUUAUCUCCAUCAGAGAUGUUAACGACUAUUCCUUUGGUUCACCCUUUACAUACUGUGUGGCUGAUCAGCCCCAAGGAACAGCCACUUUAUGGGAAAUCAGAUCAAUAAAUGCUACAGCGGCAAUACUCUCUACUGGCCAACUCUUAUCGUCCGGCUCUUACCAAAUUCCCAUCCUUGUCAAAGACAGCCUGGACCGAACUUGUGAAAUGCCCCAGAUUCUGCAGUUAGAUGUUUGUGAGUGUGACGUCAACCAGAUGUGCCUUUUCUAUAGCACCACGGGCAUAUACGCCGGUGGUACUGGCAUUACGAUGAUCACAGAUGAUGGUUACGGGACCAUAACUGAUGACAGAGUUGGGGAGUCCAACAGUGGACUUGGACCUGCUGGCAUUGGUCUGAUCGCCCUCGGCCUCUUAUUAUUGCUCUUGUCCCCUCUUCUUCUGCUGAUCUGCUGCUGCAAACGAAGAACUCCAGCAGACAUGGGGACCAGAUUCGCUCCUGUACCCGAAGGAGGUGAAGGUGUCAUUCAGUCGUGGGGAAUAGAGGGGGCACAACCAGAGGAUCAGGAUGUCUCUAAUAUCUGUGUCCCCAUGACAGCCUCCAAUACCCAGGAACGGAUGGAUUCCUCUGAAAUAUAUACAAACACAUAUGCAGGUGGGGGAAUCGUGGAAGGAGGAAUUUCAGGAAUUGAACUGAACACGGGAGCCGGAGAAGCAAUGGGUCUUGGAGCGGCUGGAUAUUCAGGAACCACGAGAAGGAGAAGUUCCACAAUGGGAACAUUCCGGGAAUUUGCAGAGACAGGAGUGAACAUGGCCUUCUUGGACAGUUACUUCUCUGAGAAAGCUUACGCUUAUGCAGAUGAAGAUGAAGGUCGGCCCGCCAAUGACUGCAUUCUUAUCUAUGAUCACGAAGGGGUGGGAUCCCCAGUGGGCUCCAUUGGCUGCUGCAGCUGGAUUGCUGACGACCUGGAUGACGACUACCUGGAGACCCUGGGCCCCAAAUUUAGGACUCUGGCCGAAAUCACCCUGGACACUGAGAUUGAGCCGUUCCCAUCCCCGCACCAGGCCUGGAUGCCCAUCAGCACGGACCUGCCCCUGCUGGGAUCUCAUUACGUGAACGUUAGCGAAUCUUCAGCUAUGUCUCUGACGGAGGCGGGCUUGCGGGCCGAAAUGGCUAUGCCCGAGUCCAUGUUCCACGGGGAUAUCAUAGUGACGGAAUCCUACACCACUUCGGACCAGUGCCUCCAACCCACCACCAUUGUUUUCGACCCUCAUCUGGCUUCCAAUGUGGUGGUGACGGAGACGAUGCUGGCGCCCGCAUAUGGGGUGCAGGGGAACCUAUGCGUGCCAGUGGAGGCGAACAACACGCACAAUGUCAUCUACACAGAGAGGGUGGAUCACGUGGCUGGAAUGAGUAGUAGCAGCAUGACGGGGGGAGGGACCGGAGACUGCGAGGUGAUAGGCCCCGAGAUCCACGUGAAUCAAAUGGUGGAUCCUGAUCUCCACGUGGUGGUCCCUGAUAUUCACAUAAGCCACAUGGUGAGCCCUGACAUCCACGUCAGCCAGACCAUUGGGCCAGGCUCCCCGUUGGCAACCCACCGCAGAAUAACCCAAUACAGUACCAUUCAGUAUGCACAGUAG